AUGGGGCCAUGGAUUAUUCAGAUGACCAUUAUCUUAUUUGUCUUCAUCUGCUGUUCCCAGGCAAAGAGGAACCGGAUGCUUUACUGUUCUGCUUGCGGUGCAAUUGUAGACGAAUUAACUCACUCAAUCAAUCUGGUGGACCCGAAGAAAACCAUCAAUAUCGGCGGCUUUCGACUCGAUGCGGAUGGAACAAUCAAAGAUAAAAAGGUACCCCUGGCUCGAUCGGAGACUCACCUCAGCGAACUCUUGGAUGCGGUUUGCGAGUCCAUGAGCGACUACGCCCUCUACGUGGACCCCCAAACCCAGCGAAAACGAUACAAGAGGUUCGCGCCCAGAAGCGCCGGCUCCAAUGAGGGCUUCCCCGACAUUAAAAACUUCCAAUUCGAUGGACCAGAAGCUCCCAAUGCUUUGAAAUUCGCCUGUGAAACCAUCGUGGAGGAGCUGGAGGAUGAGAUCAUUGCUCUUUUUAGCAAGAACACAGAGAACGCGCAAGAGGAGUUAUGCAACAAUGUAUCAGAUUACUGUAAAGGCAGCAGUAACACUAAUGACGAGUUAUAG